GCGAUACAAACGCACCGCAUGGCUUACAUUACACUACAAACUCAGGACUAAACGUAGAGCAGGAGACAAAACAUUGAAGAAACUGUAAAACUUUCGUUCAAAUCGCAACACUUGUGGCGCUUAUCCGGCAACUUUUGGUUCUUACGCAAAAACGGAUGUAAUGGAGUUUCUGACAAUCUGAUCGUUCUUUUCGGUGAUAUACCGGAUUUAUGCUUUCGUUGGAGAUCCUGAACUCCAUCCGAAAUCUGCCGCGUGUGCGUUAUGCAUGUGUGGUGUGUCUGUGCCCCUCCCGGUCAGGUGACAGAGGUGUGCCUAAUCACUUGAAUCUCUGGAGAUGCUUUGUUCUAUUCUACCUGUCGGUUUAGGGAAAGCUGAUCUCCGGCUCUGCGUAUUGAACUGCGUCCAGUACACAACUAGGACUCGGCUUCUGGCAAAACAUGAUCAAAUAACACCAAAGGCCUCGGACCAAUAGUACAUAUUUCUGGAAACAAUAUCACGUUUAUUUCUAUACGUAAACGUGUUAUUUUGGUGCUUGAAUUAACGCUGAGCCGCGCUAUUUGAGGACAAAAUUGUUUACGAUAUCGUCCAAUUUGGCUCUGCCAUGGAAACCGGUUUAUCGCGGACCGCGAAUUGAAUUUUUAUAGCCCUGGGAACUGAGGGGGGAAACAAAUUUUAGGUUUUAAUUACUUUUCUUUGGUUUGGGUACUUAAAAAAAAUAAAACAUUACCGAAUAAAAUAAUUCGCUCUUUUUAAUUUGCAAAGAAUUCGGAUCGCGUGAGGCAGCAUUAUGGCACACUCACAGGUUCAGUGCCUUGAUGACAAUCAUGUGAACUGGCGUCUAAACGAAUCCAAACCGGAGUUCUUAUACAGCGAGGAACAGCGGCUUGCGCUCGAGGCGCUCAUCACCAAAGGACGCGACGCGUUUGACUGUUAUGUGAAAGAGCACGAACUACGUCCUUUCCUCUCGGAAACGGAGUUGGAGCAACUCCGCAGAACCAUAGAAGAUUACAAACCCGGUUCUGAGCACCAACAACCGUAUGGUAUGACAGAGGGAGAUGACAGUACGGUGUCGUUACAGUACUGGCCCGACCGCUCUGAUAUCUCCUUACCGAAUUUGGACCUCGGAUGGCCCGAUUGUAAUUCUUACCGCGGAGUGACGCGCGUCAACGUGUACACGCAGCCGCCGGUGGACGGACAGGCGCAUAUAAAAGAGGUGGUGAGAAAGGCCAUCGCUCAGGCACAGAAGAUGAUAGCAAUAGUUAUGGAUGUUUUCACCGAUGUGGACAUUUUUAAGGAUCUAAUAGAAGCUGGAUUUAGGAAGAAAGUGGCUGUGUACAUUAUUAUAGACAAUACAGCUGUACAGGACUUCUUACUUAUGUGUGGGAGAGCAAACAUGCACAGAGGACACCUCAGUCAUCUGCGGGUGCGAUGCAUCGGUGGUUUGGAAUUCUACACGCGAUCAGCUCAGAAGCUUCGUGGCUCACUGAGUCAGAAAUUCAUGUUUGUGGAUGGAGACCGUGCUGUGUCUGGAUCAUACAGUUUUACAUGGACUGCUUCCCGUCUGGAUCGUAACAUCAUAACAGUCAUGACAGGUCAGGCUGUGGAGACCUUUGACAAGCAGUUCCGUGAGCUGUACCUGAACUCUCGCGGGGUCAUCCUAUCCAAGAUCCCACUGGCAGACCCACCAGAGCCUGAGCCUGUCAUAAUCACUGUUCCUCCCCCUGUUUCAGCAACUGUCGCAAGAAAACUCAUUAACCCCAAAUACGCACUGGUAAAUGUGGAUGCAUCAACCAAAGCCUCUUCGGACAAAGCUAGAGCCAGCAAUAAGUCCCCGAAUCCAAUGGUCCAGAUUAAGAAGCCCAAACGUGAAUUACCGGAGGGACCACCAAUGCAUCCAGGACUUGCAGGUUUGUUAAAGGCAGAUCUCAUUUCCUACUUGCCCAUCUGGCCUGAGCCAGACCCACCCAGCGAUGUUAUUGGGUUUAUUAAUAUUCGUGACACAAGCAAGCCAGCACCGGUGCAUUUAAUGCGCUCGCAGAUGUGUGGAACAUCGCAAGCAAUCCGCUUCAAAGACCCUUUCUUCUCCCCACCUGAGGAACUUCCAGAAAAGGCAAUUCCCCGACCUAAAGUAACACUUUCUUCUAAAACUGAUACUGUAAAUGCAAACAUUCAAUCAAGUACCCAGCCUCCGAAAGAUAUUCAACCAAAUACUAAUUCUAGCAGCAUUCAUCAAGAUGCACCAGUUUGUAUCUCCCAUUUGUCAACCACCCAAUUGCAGGAGCCCAAUCCCAACCCUACUCCAGAAGAGCAGCAGCCAAACCCUAAACCCAUGCUUUCCUCUUCAGAGAACCAACCUGCUUCAGUACCACCCAUUCCCAAGCCUCGCACCUUACAGGUUGUGGUUAAUACACCUGAGGGAUCUGGAGAUGCAGAGAUCAGUUUAGUUAAAAGAGAGAAGAUCCAGACAAUGAACUCAAAGGGUAAAAGUAGGGGCACUCAUGGAAAUGAUACUGACAGCAUUAUUGUGACUUGUUCAGAUUCAUUAAAGGAUGAGAAUUCCUCAACUUCAGAAGAGUAUUUUGAGUGCACAGACUCUGGUAGCUCAAGUCCUAACGACAAGCUCUCUAACGGAAUGAUAACGGGUUCUGGUCGCUUUGUAGACCACAGCCAUGACACGCUUAAUUUGAUGGCGAGGUUCUCUCAAUCUAUGGUGGACUUGCGAUCAGAUGGCUUCGAGCAAGAGCUACAAAGUACUGCUGAGAAGAAUCUCCUGAACACGCAGAACAAAGGCAAAGCAAAGUUUUAUCAACUGGUCUCCAGGUCACCAGUUCGAGACUCUUAUGGCCGGGCCAAAGUUGUGAUUGCUAAACCUGGAGUGUUCCACAGACCCCCUAAAAGCUGCGGCCAUGUCAUCGGAGGUCACAGGUAUUGGCAGGGAAAGAUAUUUGCCUCUGAACGUCCCCCAAGUGGAUCAGGACAACAAAACCCAAAUCGCACUGGUCGGUCUCCUAGAAGACACAGCCCUGCCUAUAAAAUAGAAGGACUGCAAACCAGCCAAUCACCUAUUCAUCGGCUCAAACACUCAAACUCCUGCUCUCCCACUCAGCGGACCUCUCAAACGAAAUCUCCAUCGCCCCGGAGACAAGUUGAGACUCGUACACCCUUAGGAAUCUCCCUUUCCAAACUCUCCCACUUCAAACACCUUCGGGGGAGGGUUCCAGUGAACACCGCUGGUUUUGGCUUGGAGGAUAAAUUUGUGUCGCAUGGACAAAAUGAAAAGUGAUUUAUGAUCCACCCCCCAAACCCAAAAAAACAACUACUUUGUAUUGAUUACAAAGGUAUGAAUGUGCAAUGAUGUAGCCACCAGUUUUCAUUGGCAUAGACUUAGAAUCCUUUAAACUGGAAUUUAACUGGAUCUUCAAUCUGACACCAGUGUUACGUUCAAAAAACAGUGAAGUUUCCAAACUCAACGCACAGAGCUGGACAGUAUAUCUGUGUGUGGAAAUAAAAGUUCCACACUUGUUACAAACAGCCUGACUCUUUGUUGUCAUGUGCUUAUGAGUAAUCUGGACUGCAAGACAUUUGGUGGUGGAUUUGUGGCCAUGGUGAUGGCAAUUUCACAUUCACGUCUAUAUUGACUAACAGUGUUUUAGAUUGAGAAAUGGCUAAGGUUGGAAAUGGCUAAGAUACAAACCUGACCAACACACUAAGGUAAUUUUACAAAUUCAUAGACAUUUGCACACACAUACACACACUAAUAUUGCGUGUUUUGAAUUUUCAAUUUCCUUUCCUUCUAAUACUUAUGGCUUAGCGAUAAAACAAUGUAGUUACUUAUCAAGAAAAAAUACAUUCCUUGAUAUCGAUGAUAAACUUUUGAGUAAUUUUCUAUAUUUGGAAUAUGUUCUACAUGUAUGCUAUGUUAAAUCACGAGCCGUUCAGCAAAGUUAUACACACAACUAACUAACUGAAUCACAGUCAUUAAAUCAGCUGGUUAGGGAGUAUUAGCUGGCUAGCAUCUACACAGCCCUGCUGUCAUAAAAACCAGUACUAAGGCUAGGUAGCUAGCAACUAGCUAUCCAGCUAAUAUGAUAUUGUUGUGUACCGAACAAGACAGCACUGACAAUGUAAUACAGCUAUUGACUGACCACAACAGCAACAUCAUUGCUGUAUAUUUGGUACUAUUUAGUUAAAAGUGUUUUAAUGAUCCAUAGCGCUGUCACGUCUGCUUAUUUAAAAAAAAAGGCAAGACAUUAUUUCUAAUUGUGACGUUUAUUAGCGGUUGGCAGUCCAGCUUAUGGUGCAUUACCAACACCUUCUGAGCUGGAGUGUGGACCAUCACAAGAAAGUCAUUUAGUGGAAUUAACCGUUUGCUGAAGAUGAUGAUAUUGACGAAAUUUCAUCGAAAAAGUUGUUUGCAUUUAUUUUUGAGGUCUAACAAACUUUUGGAAUGAAUUCCCUUCCCCAUUAAUGGUAUGAAAUGUAUAUUGUGAUAAUUGUUGAUAUUGAACGAUAUGAAAAUAAAUGUUGUAAUAAUAUUUUUGGCCAUAUCGCCCAGCCCUACUAAUACCUCACAUUGUCAUUUCUUGCCAUAGUUUAAAGUUUAUUUCAAAUUCAGUUGACAUCUCAAACAUUUUGCACAUUUUACAGCAACCAGUCUGAAGCAAAGGUACAAGUUGAGCUCAAACAACAUCAUUUGUGGCAUAAUGUUGACUAACACAAAAGAUAAUUUUGACUUGUCCCUCAUAUAUAUAUAUAUAUAUAUAUAUAUAUAUAUAUAUAUAUAUAUAUAUAUAUAUAUAUAUUUAUGUAGUUGCGUAAGGUGCAAAAGUCAUGGUUAUGGUAAGGCAAAAGCAUUUGAAGUGAAUGGGGCCAGUCCAUAAUCCAUAAAAUGAUUUCAAAAUUAUAGCCAACAUGAUGUAAACAUUUAUGUUAACAUAAUAUUAGUGUGAUAAAAUCAGGAAUUUAUCAGCAUUACAGGGUUUACCACCUUUACCUCGUCUGAUAAUAUUGGUUAUCUGUAUUAUUGGAUAAUUCUUUACACAGAUAAGGUUAGUAAGUGAUUUAAUCACACUUAAAUCAUGUUAAAAUAUAUAAUGUUUAUGCCUAGUUUUGAAGCAGUGUGUAUUGUAGCAUUUAUGGACCAUUCACUUCCAUUGUGCUUUACUAUAACUUAUGGUGGUAAUCAAUAUUAUGCCACACAUGCUGUCGACUGAGCUUAACUUGUAUUGGACCUGGAAUAUUUCUUUAAAAUGCUAGUCUGCACACACUGAUUACUACAGAUUCUGUAGUCUACUUGAAUAAUUUAGAAACUUUUUAAAUGGACACUUGAUUCAAUUUGCUUUGUUAAUAUAUACCUGUAUGGCAUGCUUAAAAGGUUGUACUGAUCUGUGCCUUACUGUUGAUUGUUCAGCCAAGAAAACAUUGUAAAUAUGUCUUUCUAAAAAAAGUAUUUCUUUCAUGGAACACAAAAGUAGAUGUUAGGCAGAAUGACGGCCUCAGUCACCGUUCGCUUUUAUUGAGAGUUGAAAAACAUAUGGCAAUGACUGAAGUCCAGGGAUGGAAAAAAAAUCAAGGCUUAAUCAGUUCCAGUAUCUUUACAACUGCAGUCUUUGUGGCGAGAGAAAAAAAAAAAAAGAUGCAAUAAAUUGCUUAUUGCCAAUGCAAAUCACAAUGCAAAAUGUGUUUGCAGUACUGUCCUCUGUGUGGGUUUUUUACAAUUUGGGAAAACCAGGGUUGGCUUAUUAUCUAUU